CCUCCCAUUUCUGUGGAAGGAAGCGGAAAUGAGCGUCACAAACUCGAUGCUAGUGGCUAGUUUUUAGGCUCCUAGGACGGGUGUAAGCGACACCACACGUACCUCGCUGGUUGCCCGUAGAGGAAGCAGGGAGUGGAUAAUUAUACGACAGAGGUACCUUUCUGCAUCCUCUAUGUGAGGUCUAAAUCCUAAGGGAACGGGUCAUUGACAGGAGGAGAGACCGAAAACAUUCGAUCACAGAGGCCUGGAUAAGUGUUUUCAUUAUUAUUUUUUUCUUCAGUCACUGAAACGGCUGCAGAUAAGCAGUUUCACAGCACGCUACAAGGACCAUGGAGGCCAUUGCCAAAUACGAUUUCAAAGCUACUGCUGAUGAUGAGCUUAGUUUCAAGCGUGGAGAUGUCCUCAAGGUAUUAAAUGAAGAGUGUGAUCAAAACUGGUACAAGGCAGAGCAGGAUGGAAGAGAAGGCUUCAUCCCCAAGAAUUACAUACAGAUGAAACCCCAUCCGUGGUUCUUUGGGAAGAUUCCCCGUGCCAAAGCAGAGGAAAUGCUAAACAAACAGAGGCACGACGGAGCUUUCCUCAUCAGAGAGAGCGAGAGUGCACCGGGGGACUUCUCUCUGUCUGUGAAGUUUGGAAAUGAUGUCCAGCACUUCAAGGUUCUUCGUGAUGGAGCUGGAAAGUAUUUCCUAUGGGUGGUGAAGUUUAACUCCCUCAAUGAUUUGGUGGAAUACCACCGCUUGAACUCAGUGUCCCGCAAUCAGCAGAUCUUUCUGCGAGAUAUAGAGCAGGUCCCUCAGAAUCCCACAUACGUGCAGGCGCUCUUUGACUUCGAUCCCCAGGAGGAAGGAGAGCUGGGUUUCCGACGUGGCGACUUCAUUCAAGUCCUGGACAACUCUGACCCCAACUGGUGGAAAGGAGGCUGCCACGGCCAAACGGGCAUGUUCCCUCGCAACUACGUCACACCUGUCAAUCAGAACAUGUAAACAGUCAGACCAGUCAGACCAUGUAAACAACAACCACAACAGCAACCAUCACCACCACCACCACCAUCAUCAUCGUUUUUGAUCUCAUCAGCCCCACAUCCAACCCCCACCCUCCCUAAACCAACCCCUUCCCACCUCUCUUGGCCAUCCCACAAUAACGGGAGCAAAGAGAACGCAAACAACUGAAAGACAGAAUAAAAACAGGAGCAGCGCUGUCAUGGGCGUCGCUAUGUGGGCGGCAGCUGAGCAAAAUCAACUUUUAUAUGUGCUGAGAAGGUUCACCUCCCCAGUGAAUGCCUCAGUGAGGAUUGAACUGUCUUUGAGGGAAAUCUAGAUGCAGCAUACAUUAGCGUCCUGCUUCAACCGUGAAGAUAACCAAAUGAUUCAACCGCUCCCACAGCUGCUUCUGUCUUCUCCUUAACUUCGUAACAAUCUGCCUUUCUUUUGUUAUGCUUUCUUUGCCACUUUUUGUUUUAAUCAGCUGAAUGAAGAGCCUACUGAUGAAUCCUAACUCUGUUUUAAGGAAAAAAAUAAAUAAAAAAUAUAUAUUAAAAAAAAAAAGAAGAAACUGUUUUAGAAAUGUACAAAAAGAAGAGAGGGAAAAAAAUUAUUCCAUCAACAAUACAGCAAGUUUCCAUGUUUAAGAUCAUUGGCAUGUGAGAAUUGUACAUCAGCCUCAGGCUGCAUAAAUGAAUCAAGUAUAGAGAGAAGUCAUUUUUUAAGAAUAUAUAUUAUAUAUUUGUAUGUGUUUGUCUGUUUUUACCUCUCAUCAUCAAAUUGUUUUUUGUUUUUUUUUUUCCAUUUGUAAAUUAUGUUCAAUCUUCUGUUAGUCUGAAUAAGACCUAGUAGCUCUAGAAUGUGAUGAAUUGUCAAUUUCUUUUCUUUUAAAGCUAUCUGAGGGCUCUCAGAUUAAAAAAAAACCAACCAACCACACGACAUUUAAAGGAUCAUAAGUUCCAUUUGAAACCGCUUUUGUCUGUAAUUCAGAGAAAGCCAAGUUGGUUCUCUGAAAAAGUCCUAUCAGGAAGCUAAUGUCGACCAGCAAAGGCAGAGCCAUGAAUGCUGCAAAAGCUGCAUCACAGAGCCCUGUAUAAAGGUCAGUCACCUUUCUGAAAGCCAAUAUAUAUUUAUUGCAGCCAUUUUACCAGGGCAGUGAAUGUAGCUGACUGAGUCUAAAGACAAACAUGAGGGAAGCAAGGUCGGAGAACUGAACUUCACAACCACGCAAGGGAUUUUAAGACUUGUAGAGACGGGGGGGGGGGGGGGUAAAUGUUAAUAUUAAUUUGUGAAGAGACUGGAGAUUGAGGAUAUGUAGAGGCAGUUGGCAUAUUCAGAUGCAUUUGUUUCAUGCAUGCAUACGCAGACACUCUCCUCCUUGUAAUACAUGCACGUAGCGUAGAGGCUGAGUUUGGAUAAUCACAUUGUGUAAUCACCAGUGUAGAUCUGCAGCUGGCACAGAUCAACAGUUCAGAAAACUGAGAUUGUCUUUUAUGCUUCAAGUUGAGAGAUCAUCUGUAAAUGAUGUAAAAGAUUUUUUUUUUGUUAGUUUUUUUUUUUUUAUUCAAGGUUGUGCUGCAGUAAGCACUGUGUCAUUUUAA